ACGCAGUAGUUUUCGUUCGAGUAGCAGCAGCCAUCUUCUUAGUUGAACUACGAACGGACGAAGCGUAGAUUACACAUGUAAUGGAAAAUUGAAACAUUUGGUCAAUGUCACAAAAGAAAUAGUCAAAUGUGUUCAUGGACUGCCUGGUAAUAAAUUGUUAUGUUAACGAAAACGCUGGUUUAGUAUUUGACCGAACACACACCGCAAAGAUGGAUGACGACGCGGCGAGGGAAGAUGCCUGCGGAGAGUAUCAAUCCUCCCUCGAAGAUUUGACAUUCAACAGUAAACCUCACAUCAAUAUGCUGACCAUUCUGGCAGAGGAGAAUCUGCACUUCGCCAAGGAUAUCGUCGCAAUAAUUGAAGCACAAAUCAAUAAGGCCCCACCUGCCGAGAAGCUUCCUGUUUUGUACUUAGUGGAUUCCAUAGUGAAGAAUGUCGGAGGCGAAUACCUUGCAGUGUUUGCUAAAAACCUAGUCUCUUCAUUUAUAUGUGUUUUUGAAAAGGUGGAUGAAAACACUAGGAAAAGUCUGUUCAAAUUGCGCUCCACUUGGGAUGAGAUAUUUCCUCUAAACAAACUCUAUGCUUUGGACGUACGGGUGAAUUCUCAUGACCCGGCCUGGCCUAUCAAACCACUGGCGGCCAACAUUCACGUGAAUCCUAGGUUCAUAAAACCGACCGAGGAGGCCGCCUCGCCUGUGCCUGCCCCCUCCCCCCCUGCUGCACCCACCCCGGCCCCCGUGCCCCCCCCCAGCGAGGCGAGCAUCACCCAGGAGCAGCUCAUUAGACAGCAGCUGCUGGCCAAGCAGAAACAACUCCUGGAGCUGCAGCACAAGAAGAUUGAACUGGAGCUGGAACAGACCAAAGCACAGCUGGCUGCAAAUGUAGUGUUGACGCAGCCAACAGCAGUUACGACUCCAGCCCACAGUAUUGCAGUGCCAAAGGCACCCCAGACCGCUCCUAAGCAGUGGGUCCCCCCUCAGGCUGAGAGCAAACCACCCACAAGAGACCCACGUCUGAACCGCUCUGGCCCCCCCACCCCGCAGCCCAAAGAGCAGCCUAACAGCAAGCGGGACGCCCACAACAUGGGAGCACCAGCCCACACACCUGAGAAGAAGGCUCCAGAGAAGUUUAGCAGGCCGGAGAAAGCGAGACAGCCCAGGAAGGAGAUGGAGGAGAAGCCAAAGUCCAAGUCGCCGUCUCCCUUGGCUAAAGGGGUGAUGGCUAAAAGCAAGCAUUCGGAGUCUGAGAGCGUGAAGUCGGCAGACGCCGGAAAGAAAGACCCCAGGCUGCGGAAACACGUCCACGAGAAGGGUGAAGCUAAAGAGGAGGAGGUGGUGAAGGAGAAGAAGAGAUGCACUGAGAAGAAGGAGAAAGAGGAUCCCGGGAAAGCUCCGGAACUUCAGAAAGCAGCCAGGGGGAAGCUGGUUAAUGGCUCGAUCAGCAAACACGACCGCGUCGAGACCCCUGAGAGCAAGUCGGAGAGCAAGACUGGAGGGAACGCCAGGACCAACGCCCGGAAACGCACACGCUCCCGUUCCCGCUCACGUUCCCCUGCCCCUCCCUCCCCCAAGAGGAAGGACCGGAGGUCACCUAAGACCAGGACCAGGAGCUCCUCCGCUUCUCCUCCUCCUCCGCCUCACAAGCCGAGCAAGGCCCGGAUGUCUGGAGGCAAACACUGUCACGUGGAGGACUCCACCCAGCAUGGGAAGGGUCGAGACGAGAGGGCCACACCCAAGAAGGGCCCGUCGGAGCCCAGGAGAGGGAAGCGCUCGGCGGAGGAGAGGCACAUGGAGGCCAGGGACUCGCUGCUCUCCCGGGUUCCCCACGACAGCAAAGACAGCAAGGAUAACUCCCACCGGUGGAAGAGUGGAUGGGAAGAGAACAAACAUCUGAAGUUGUCAGAGGAGGCUCAUGGGAAGGCUGGCCCUCAGAGACACAAGUCUUUCUCUGGCGGUCAGCGACCCAGCACCCCUCGCACCCCCAAGCCUCACCGCCUCAGCGUGGACGCCAACCUGCAGAUACCAGAGGCCCUCAACUCUGCCAGCAAGAGAGACCUGCUCAGGAAGGCCAGUAGGCGUUUAGAGAACGGGGAGAUCUCCAACGAGGACUUCCUGAACGUGGCCCACCAGAUCAAGCAGCUGUUCCAGUACCAGGAGGAGAAGCAGCGGUCUGACUCCUGGGAGGGCUCCGGCGAGGACGGCCCGCACUUCCCCAACAAGAAGAAGCCCCUGCUCUCCACCCCCGGCUCCGCCCCGCAGGACAGCCUGUCUGACGCCGAGCUCAGCUACUUCGAACACAAGUCCCGCCUGAGAAGGACCCAGCUGCCCCAGCGCCAGGGGGGCGAGGACUGGGAGGGUGGGGAGGAGGGUCAGGAGGAGGUGGAUUCCGCCGCGCCCCCUGGGGGGAAGGCAGAGGGCAGCAGGGGGGCCGUCCACCCCUCGGUCCCUCCGUUCCCCAGGCAGCCCAGGGAGAGGCAUGGGAAGGAGCCACCGGAGGAGCAGCAACCCCCGGCUGCCAUGAUGGAGGGAUCGUAUAACCACGGCAGGGAGUUCCCCAGGAUCAAGUCCCUGCAGGGCCUGCGCUUCAGGAGGAGGGCCGACCCCAGGGAGUCCGCUGGGCCAGACAGGCUCAAGAAUGAGAGGGAGUGGACCUCCCCCCUGAGUGAGCGUCAGCGGGAGGAGCAGAAGAGCGGCUACGACGCGCCCAGGCGCUACACCGGGACGCCCGACCCCCGCCGCGACGACCCCCCCAAGCACGACCGGGCCCCUCCCAAGGCCAGCCUGGUCCACAGGGGCUCCGUCAGCCCCGCCCUGCCCGAGGGCCCCACCAGGAAGCCCCCGGUGGGGUACGAGAGAGAGCGCCUCUCCCCCCUGGAGCAGCUGGACCCGGCCGGGCUCAGCCCCGUCCCCAGGUUCGAGAGUCCCAACAGUGAGCACUCUGACGACGGGCCCCUGGAGGCCCCCAGGUCCAUCCUCAAACCCCCCUCCAGAGGGCCCCUCCCCCGGCACACCCACUCCCCCGGACACACCCCUCCGCAUGUCUCCGAAGGGGGCUCGGCUGCCCCGCAGAGGUACGACGGCCCCCCCAAAGGCCACCCCUCCCGCUACGACGGCCCCGGAAGACCGCCUCACCUCCCAGGUCGGUACGAGGGCGGGCCCGGGCCAGGCCGCUACGACGGGCCAGGCGGCUCCCACGGUCGCUACGACAACCUUCACCCCCACGCUCACGGCAGGUUCGACGGGCCUGGGAGGUUCGACGGGCCCCCUAUGCCCCACGGGCCCAUGAGGGGAGGGGAUCCACAGGGUCGCUACGACGGCCCCCUGGCCUCACAGGGCCGUGGCCGCUACGAUGGGCCUCUGGGCCCACAGCCAGCCAGGUUCGAGAGCCCAGGCCCCAGACCGGGGCGCUUCGACGGCCCAAUGCAGCCCAAACGCUUCGACGGGCCGGGCAGGUUUGACAGUCCACACAUGCAGCCAGGCAGGUUUGAGGGACCCGUAGGGUUCCAGACUCCCAUGCACUUUGACGGGCCUUCGAACCAGCCAGGUUCGAUGCACUUUGACGGGCCUUCGAACCAGCCGGGUUCGAUGCACUUUGACGGGCCAGGGAACCAGCCAGGCCCAGUCUGCUUCGACGCGCCCGGCCAGCAGGGACCCAUGAGGUUCGACAUGCCCCACUUCGACGGGCCCUCGGGGCACCAGGGCCCCCGGUUCUGCGGGCCCCCCGGCAUGCAGCCUCCCCUGCGGCCGGGCGCUCCCGUCUACGAGCCCAUGGCCAACGCAGCAGGGGGCCAGCAGCCCUCCGGGUUCAACAUGGCCAACCAGCACUUCCCAGAGCCCCACAACCCUGCGUUCGGCAGCGGGCAGCACGGCUUCUCAGGGCAGCCGGGCGGGCCCCAGGCGGGGGCGUUCAACGUGCCCUCCUCCUCAGGGUUCCCCAACUCCUUCGUCCAACCCGGUCCUUCCUUCUACGGCCCCGGGGCCCCCGGGGGAGGAAUGAACGCGCCGUCCCAGACAGGAAACAUGCAACCUCCGAUGAAUAUGCUGCCAAACCUGGGCCAGCCGCCCUUCCUACCACAAAACCCAGUGCCUUUCAACCAACCAGGUCCUCAGUUUCCGGAGAGCCACUUCGGCCAGGUGGAUGUGAACGACUUGCUGACGAAACUCAUCUCUACCGGCAUCAUCAAGCCUGCUCAGACAGAGACCGCUCCCAGUGGAACCGAGUCGGCUGCCCUGCCCCCGGCGCCUCCCGUGGUGGUGGAGGAAGAGGAGGAGGAGGAGCAGGAGGAGGAUGAGAACCUUCCAGACCUCACAGGCUUCACCAUAGAGGACAUGAAGCUGCGCUACGACAGCGUGGUGACCAAACUCUACACCGGCAUCCAGUGCUACUCCUGCGGCAUGCGCUUCACCUCUUCGCAGACAGAUGUCUACGCCGACCACCUGGACUGGCACUACCGGCUGAACCGCUCGGAGAAGGACGUCAGCAAGAAGGUCACACACCGCCGCUGGUACUACAGCCUCACGGACUGGAUUGAGUUUGAGGAGAUCGCCGAUCUGGAGGAGCGGGCGAAGAGCCUGUUCUUUGAGAAGGUCAACGAGGAAGUGGUGCAGAAGACCCAGGAAGCAGCGAAGGAGAAGGAGGUCCAGAGCGUGAGGGCGGCGGCCGACGUGGUGGACGAGUCCUGUGAGAUCUGCCAGGAGCAGUUUGAGAUGUACUGGGAGGAGGAGGAGGAGGAGUGGCACCUGAGGGACGCCAUCCGCGUCGACGAGAAGACAUAUCAUCCUUCGUGUUUUGAAGAUUACAAGAAUACGUCAUCAUUUCCAGACGCCUCUCCGUCUCCCACCAAGCUGCUGACCGACCACCCGCUGAGCGCCUUUGUGAAGGAAGAGGAACCGCAGGCGCCCAGCUGUGCGCUCGUCGUCAAACAGGAAGCGGAGCUGGAGGCGGGCGUGGCUCCGAAGGAAGAGGAGGUUCAGGUUAAGGUGGAGGCAGGAACAGAAAUGGCUGCUUCCUGAAACCACGCUGCUUCCUUUUCCUGUCCACUUUUAUUGGCUGCUCAUAGCCCCUCCCUUAUUUUGUAAGGAAGAGAUAUUUUUAUAAUUGACUGAGGCGGGGCCCUCAGAUUGCCAUACAUUUGAAUACAUUUUUGUAUUUGGAAUAUGCCUGUACAAUUCAGGUGUUUUGCGUGUGGAUGGAUGAAUGAAUGAACACUGAAAAUGUACCUUGCAAAAAACUGUACACUGAGGAAAAGAUGUCAUAUUUAAUUUAUAAAUAAAGCUAUUUUUGGUAUA